UGAUUGUGUCCUUGACCUUUAAGAAUGGUUGUUUUGUGAUCUUAUUUUUCAUCACACGGGGGUUUAACUUUAAAACGAAAAACAGAAGAGGUAUUAAAAAGUAAGUAAUCUUCGGGUCUGGCCAUGGAAGGCGAUCCAGGCAAAGAGGAGACCGUGAAAAACCAGCCGAGUCUGAAUCACAAUGGUGGUGGUGGCGCCAACCUGCCUGAAAUCCCGCACACCGCCACACGGCACAGCUACCCACAGGCCGCGCCCCUCUCCAGCUCCAACCUCAUGGCACAGGCUCUGGCUAGUGCCGGAGGAAGUCUGUCUGCCUCUCCGACGCAGUCCAACCUGGCCAAUCAGGAGGGUGUCACCAACCCACUGUCGGCUCUCACGUCGAAUAUUCUGUACAGCAAUGUCGGAAACAUGGUCACGAAGAUGAAGGCGUCCAACUCUCUGGUGUCAACUGGAAAUCCUUUUGAUGCAGCAGCAGCAGCGGCCAGUACUGCUGUUCUGUCCACCAGCGCUCCCAGCGUGGUGUCCAGUUCGGUUCCUACUCAGCCCCAGAAUCAGGCAAACAUCCCGUACAACUGGCAGGCGUCGAAAGUUUCGGUAAAGGAUCGUCUAGCAUAUUUGUUUAAUACCGACAUCAUGGCUGAUAUUAACUUCUUGGUGGGGAAGCCACCCAACACACAAAACAUCCCCGCACACAAGUUCGUCCUGUCCGUUGGCAGCGCAGUGUUUGAUGCUCUGUUCAACGGAGGGAUGGCCACAACGGAAUCUCUCAUAGAAAUCCCCGACGUCGAACCAGCGGCUUUCCUAGCCCUGCUCCGAUUCUUGUAUUCCGACGAAGUUCAGAUCGGACCAGAGACUGUGAUGACAACACUGUACACGGCCAAAAAGUAUGCCGUCCCAGCUCUUGAACGAGCGUGUGUCGAGUUCUUGAAACGCAAUCUGAGCAGUGACAACGCAUUCAUGCUCCUCACGCAAGCAAGACUGUUCGACGAGCCUCAGCUUGCCGCAUUAUGUCUCGACUCCAUCGACAAGAACACCACAGAGGCCCUUGCUGCCGACGGAUUCACAGACAUAGACAACGAGACACUAUGUGUGGUUCUGGAGCGCGACACGCUAGGAAUACGAGAGUGUAAGCUUUUCUCUUCCGUGUGUAAGUGGGCGGAGUCCGAGUGCGGGAGACAGAAUGUUCCGGUGACGCCAGAGAAUGAGCGCAACGUGCUGGGCCGAUCUCUGCGACUGAUACGGUUUCCGCUGAUGACCGUGGAGGAGUUUGCGAUGGGUGCAGCUCAGAGCGGGAUCCUGGAGGACAGGGAGGUGGUGGAGCUGUUCCUGUACUUCACAGUGAAUCCCAAACCCCCGAUCAGCUUCCUCGACGUGCCCAGGUGCUGUCUGACAGGAAAGGAGCAGGUUGUGUCCCGGUUCUGUCACAUUGAGAGUCGAUGGGGUUACAGCGGAACUAGUGAUCGGAUAAGGUUCAUGGUAAACAGAAGAAUUUUCGUUGUUGGCUUUGGCUUGUAUGGUAGUAUCCAUGGACCUACAGAGUAUGCUGUCAACAUUCAGAUAAUCCACACUGAUACGGGUAAAGUGAUGGGAUCGAACGACACUUCUUUCCAGUGCGAUGGCUCCACGUCAACAUUUCGAGUCCUGUUCAAGGAGCCCGUGGAGAUUAUGCCAAACUCCAGUUACAUUGCGUGUUCAACACUCAAGGGACCCGAUUCCUAUUAUGGAUCAAAGGGCUUACGGAAAGUGACCCACGAAUCCGUGUCUAGUGGGAAGGUCACCUUUCAGUUCACGUAUGCUGCAGGCAACAAUAACGGAACAUCGGUGGAAGACGGACAAAUUCCCGAGAUCAUAUUUUACACAUGAGGAGGAGCAGACAAGUCAAAAAAGAUUAUAUUACUGUUAGUGAUAUGUUGGUGAUAUUUCUGUUGUUAAACAUUGUCAGUAAUACUAGUCAAGAUAAAACAAGAUGAAAUUAAAAAAACAAAAACAAAUGGUUGUCAUGUAUAUCUUUGUUUAUCACUUGUGCAUAGGCAUCGGAAGCUGGGAGGUACUGGCCACUCUCCCCCCAUGGUAUGUGCCCCCCUCCUCCUCACAGAUGAAUGACAAAUUAAUAACUGCUCCCACCCCACCCCACCCUACCCCCUAUUGUUGGCAUCUUCCGAGGCCUAUACUGUGAUGUUUUGAUGUUGUAUACGUUGUAUAUAAUAUAUAAAAAAUUCCAUUUUGAAAUUGUCGCAAUUUGAAAUACUGUGAUUGUGAUUUGCAAUUCUGUCUCAGUUUGCAGUUUGAUUAGGGAGAUUGUUUUCAAAUGUAGCUGUAAUCAUAACUGAACAAUCAUAGAGAAGAUGAUAAUUAUGUGGACUUUCCGUCCAGAAUGGAGGUUAAAUGUUAGCGAUUAAUGAGAGAGAGGUUAAUAUAGUGGUCAGACACCUCUUUUAUGAGCUGUGAACUCCAAUCUGGAUUGGAUCCGGUACUGGGAUUCGAACCCAGUGCUUACCAGCUUUGAAGAUGAUUGAUAAACCACUGGAUCUCAAAAGUGAGCAAUUAAUUAGUAUGAUUGACCCAUGACCAAGUUGAUAUUGGCAUGUCCACGUAAAAAUAACAGUUGCUCAAGAUCGCUGUGUACAAUUUGUUUACAAUUGUUUUUUUAAAAACAAUUUAUUUAAAAAGAAAAGUAUUAUUAUGAAAAAAGUCACAGCUUUUAGUCUCAUUAUUGUAUUUAUUCAUAGUCAUAGAUAGAAUAUUAUUUAUUGGACAGACUGGCUAGUGAUGUAUUCAAUGUUGGGCUAGUAAAUAAUUUACAAUUGUCAUGCCCGAUGGCUAGUGAAAAACAAAGAAAUUGUCAAAUGCUCCAUUUAAAUGUAUUUUGUAAAUAUGAGUAUCCUGCCCUCCACCUCCACCCCCAUCUCCUACCUAAGGGUUGUUAAGCUAUAUCUCCUUUAGGUAACAUAUCCGAUUGUUCCUAUUAGUAAAAUUGUAUUUACUUAAAGUAGGGCUAGUGAAUUUUUAAUCAUGGCUAGUACAUUUUUUUUAAAUAACUGAUCCCAUGGCUAAUGGAUUUUCAUUAAAAUUUUAGAAGCCCUGCAUAUUCCUUUACAAAAUAUUACAAAAUGUAAUAAAUGCAAUCCUGUUAUGGGACAUUUACAAUUGGUAAAAUUUUCAUAAAGUUUAACAUAUAAAUUGUACGUUAGGAGGAGGUGGUUCAUGAGAGUGUAUGCUUGUAUUGUCUCCCCUUUAUGAAUCAAAAAGGCAAAAUGUAAUAGUAGUUUUCCGAAUACGGCAGCAGUAAAGGUGCCAACUUUUGCAUUUAUACAAUCACGUUGUUGCACUCAUGGAUUUUAAUCAUAUCAUAAUGAAGGUGAAAACAGAUUUAUAACAAAUUAAAUUUUUAUAAUUUAUUUUGUUUAUUUUUUUAACAUGUAUUGAGACGUGACUCUGUCGGCGACAUCAGUUAAGUUUAUGGUAAAGUAAGACAUUUAAUUACUCUGAAUUUUUGUAACAAAAGAAAAGGUUGGUUAUAAAAAAUUAAUUGUAAAAUGAUCAAAUCUUUUUAUAUACGCUUUUAGGAAUUGGAGAAGGCUAAAUUUACAAGCUUUGUAUUCAUCUGAAAAUGUUGACAGUUGUGAACAUUCAUCUAUAUAUAUAUAUAUAU